UGUUGAGCAGCGUGGCGAACGGUCACACCGGUUAAACGGUCCUGUCAAUUUAAAUAAAAACACGAAUUGCAGCCUGAUAUUUUGAUAUAUACAUAUAUAUUGAAAUAUGCCUUGUCGAAAGGAGAACUAUAUCUUUUUGGAACAGUCGGUAACGGUGGAUUCUAAGGAAGUAGACGCGCUCGUGUCGAAGAUCGGCGAGGCGCUGCAGCUUCACAACAAUAGCUCGAGCCAUAAGGGGAUGUCACGUCUACACGGUCUCGCCAGCGGCACAUGCGUCAAACCGAGCAACACAAGCGGCAGCCACGGCAGUAGCAUCUCGGCGGGCGGUCAGCGGCGCAACGGAUGCUGCAUGCGUCUCCGCAGCCGCAGCCGGAGUUUACGCACCAGCCCAUACAAUCUGCCGGGAUCCAGCGAUCAGAAUUGGGACCAUUUCAAAUCGUGGAACCGAAAGAAGAUCGACGUUACGACGGGCGACGGUGACGACCCGCAUCAGCUCCUCCAGGAACUCAUAUUGUCGGGUAAUCUGAUCAAGGAAGCGGUCAGACGACUUCAGUUCUCAUCGGAACCACCGGAGCAGGAGAUUUCGAAACCCGUAGAUUGACUUGUUUUCAGACCAGCAGAUGCACGAGCGUCCUCGCGUUUAAUGGGGCCGCCCGCUCAUUGCCAUACAGUGAUUCUGCUGAUGGUUUUAUAGACUUUGACAUCAAACCCGUAUCAUUUUUCUAUUGUAUAUU